UUCCGGAAAAUGGUUCGUUCAAAAUCCCCAAUCCUGCCAAAUCCUAGCUCUUCUUACUCUGCCAUCUCUCUCAAUCUGCCACCGCCGUCACCUAGCUCGAGAUGGAUCAGUUUGAGGGAGAGAGUCCUGAUUUGCCACCCUGCAUCCCAAAAUAUAUUGCAAGUCUGCAUGUGUGCCCUCUCUGGUCAAUGAUCUUGCUCUUCCUCUCUUCUCACAUGCUAUUUUUCUCUUGUUAUUUGUGAUCUCUGAUGUUACAUUAAUUUCUUUGUAUCGAUGGACAUGGUAAUCUGCAGGGAGUGGGCAUCUAGGAUGAGUGAAGUGAAAAGAAUAGAUGCACUGAUGUUAGUAAAAAAAUAAACAGUGCAAUGGCAGUUCCCAGUUUCUACGAAAACAAAGUGAAGAGGAAUGACUUACUUUACUGUUAUGUUUAGGGAAGUGUCAAAAAAGAAAAUUUCAAAUUUACUUAAAAUUUUAAAUUCCACAAGAAUUAUAAACUGCAUAUGCUGUACAGUGUUGUUCAAGACAGACUCUUUAUAUCUGGACAUAUCACGUUGAUGUGACUUAGGUUGUAAAUAGCCUUACAAUCUUGAAGCUAGACAACAUUUUGAUUCUUAUAGCUUUUGUUUCCUCAAGUGUAUCAGCUGAUUCCUUAUAUUCUUUCUGCUCUACCAUAUUUGCAUGUAUCCUGUUGCUUCUUUUUCCUUGAGAUGCUAGACCGUAUUUUUUUUAUUUUUUUGCAACUACAACGAUGUAUAUUUUCUGAUUCCAUUUGUUGUUGAUGCAGUGGAAAGCGGGAUCAACAGCUGAAUAUUGUUAAGCUAACACAUUUCUUGCUGGUGUGUGCUUUUAUCAAUUAAAACGCAUGUUUCUCAAGAGACGCAAACUGCAAGUGAUUCAGAAUGAGAGUAGCAACUUUUGCCUUUGCUUCUGCUACAUACUUCUGUAUAUUGGCAUUCAACUAUUUUGGUCGUUCCCAUUUAGUUUCUAAAUCCCAGUUAAGCCUUGUGGAAGUCUAGCAGAUCAUAAAUUUGAGACAUGGAUCCAACUUUCUUACGGUGCAUGGAGAAAUAUACUUACGACUUCAGAUUUCAGAUCUGGACUUUAGACUUCAGAAGUUCCUCUGGCCCAUUCUGUCAAGUCUUUUUUUCUUCUUCUCUUCCAUUAGGAUCCAGAUUUGGACUUCUGUACAUUUGCUCCCCAUCUUAGAUCAUUAAGUGUUGUACUUUUUGUGCAUUCUAUAUAUGACAUUCUUUGUCAAGUCUUUGUUUCUUCUUCUCUUGCAUUACAUUUCAGAUUUCGAUUUCUAUAAAUUUGCUCCCUAUCUUAGAUCACUAUUCGUUGUACUUUUUGUGCAUUUUUCUAUGUCGUUACAUUGGUGCAUUGAUUUCUUUUCCACUUCAUUCUUCCUAAAUAGCCCUACGAAGUUUCUACACAAAUCUGGAAAACAUGUUUUCCUUCACUUUUUAGGCAGGAUCAGGCCCACUGCAUGCAAUCCUGAACGGCUCGCCUCUUCGCCGACCCAGGAGUAGCAGGCACCGUUGCAUGAGAACAGACUGCAUGCUGAAAAUGACUCUGAAGGCACGUUCAACUUGGCUGCCAAGCGACUGCGUCUGUUUCCUCUUGGUUUCCAGUGCCGGGCCUAUACAAUAAUGAUGAGAACCAGAACGUGAGAUUUCUAGCACGUUGCCAGCCAUGGAGGAGCCUCUUGUUGGGGGCAAGAGCGACAGUGAGGAGACAGGAGGGCCAAAGGAGAGCUUGGUGGUGAUUGAGGUGAAGAAGCAGCUGUACCUCGCCGGGCCCCUCAUCGCCGGAUGCCUGCUGCAGAACGUCGUGCAGAUGAUAUCGGUCAUGUUUGUCGGCCAUCUCGGCGAGCUCGCCCUCUCGAGUGCCUCCAUCGCCACCUCCUUCGCCAAUGUCACCGGCUUCAGCUUGAUGUCUGGCAUGGCGAGCAGCUUGGACACACUGUGUGGGCAAGCCUUCGGGGCAAAGCGGUACCAUCUGCUCGGCAUCUACAAGCAGAGGGCCAUCCUUGUGCUCACUCUGGUGGGCGUUGUGGUUGCGGUGCUCUGGGCGUACACCGGGCAGAUCCUCCUGCUCUUCGGCCAGGACCCGGAGAUUGCCAUGGGGGCAGGGAGCUACAUCCGGUGGAUGAUUCCGGCACUGUUCGCUUACGGACUGCUGCAGUGCCACGUCCGGUUCCUCCAGACGCAAAGCAUCGUAGUCCCGGUGAUGGCGAGCGCAGGUCUCACGGCGCUGAGCCACGUGCUUGUGUGCUGGUUGCUGGUAUACAAGCUUGGGCUGGGCAACAAGGGCGCUGCUCUGGCCAAUGCUGUCUCGUACCUGGCCAAUGUGUCAAUCUUGGCUCUCUACAUCAGAGUCUCUCCAUCCUGCAAGAGCACCUGGACAGGGCUCUCAAAGGAGGCGUUUCACGACAUCGUCAGCUUCAUGAAGCUUGCCCUGCCAUCUGCGCUCAUGGUUUGCCUAGAGUGGUGGUCGUUUGAGCUUCUGGUACUUCUCUCCGGACUUCUGGCAAAUCCUAAGCUUGAGGCAUCGGUGUUGUCUAUUUGCUUAAACACGGCUUCAUUAACAUUCAUGAUCCCCUUUGGCCUUGGGGCAGCCAUAAGCACCCGUGUUUCGAACGAGCUUGGUGCUGGGCGACCUGAAGCUGCCCGUCUGGCUACUCGUGUGACCAUGGUUCUGGGUCUCGUGACAGGUGUGUCGUUAGGACUUAUUAUAGUCUCGGUGCGCGAUCUAUGGGGGUAUGCGUACAGCAACGAGAAGGAGGUGGUGGAGUACAUUGCAAGAAUGAUGCCGCUUCUUUCCGUGUCGAUCAUUUUCGACGAUAUGCAAUGUGUUCUUUCAGGUGUUGUUAGGGGCUGUGGCCUGCAAAGGAUUGGAGCUUGUGUCAAUCUCAGCGCAUACUACCUUAUCGGCAUCCCGGCGGCGCUAUGCUUUGCCUUUGUCUUCCAUCUUGGCGGAAUGGGGCUGUGGUUCGGAAUAAUCUGCGGAUUGAUCGUGCAGAUGCUGCUUCUGCUGGCCAUCACCGUGCGCACCAACUGGGACAAAGAGGCUCUCAAGGCGAAGGACAGAGUUUUCAGUUCGUCCCUGCCUCUAGACAUGACGACUUGAACAUGAAGAUGGAACAAGAUGCACAAUUGCUCUUGGCCAGGACCAGGGCGCUGACUGGGCAAAGGAGACAAGGAACUCGUGAGGAAAUUAAUUGGUCAUCGCUUAGUCUCCAUGUCACCAGCAUGGCGCUUCCUCCAAGGAAACGUCGCCCGAUGAAUGAUCUGUUUCAGUGAUUUUUUGUCGAAGACGUGAGAUAGAAUUAUAGAAAUAGAAUGGAUGUUUUCACAGGCAAAGGCAUGGCACUCAGUCGAUACGUGUAAGGAAAUAAAGCAAUAAAGUAAAAAUGUUGUGUUUACUAGAAAA